GUUUUUUCGUAGCAUAAGAGUUCGAGUUGGACCGUGAGUCUGUGUCGGAAGUUAGUUUCAGAAAAAGUUUCCUUUACUCUUCUCAGACGCAUAUAAAAUGAACAUCAGGUGUGCUACGCCUGAAGAUCUGAUGAACAUGCAGCAUUGUAACUUGCUGUGCUUACCUGAAAAUUAUCAAAUGAAAUAUUAUUUCUACCAUGGUUUGUCUUGGCCUCAGUUGUCAUAUGUUGCAGAGGAUGAGAAAGGAAAGAUUGUGGGAUAUGUACUGGCAAAAAUGGAAGAAGAGCCUGAUGAAGCUGUUCAUGGACAUAUUACUUCCUUGGCAGUUAAACGUUCACAUAGAAGACUAGGGUUGGCUCAAAAACUCAUGGAACAGGCAUCCCGUGCUAUGGUUGAAUGUUUUAAUGCUCAGUAUGUCUCACUUCAUGUAAGAAAAAGUAACAGGGCAGCUCUUCAUCUUUACAACAAGACUCUGGGAUUCAGCAUUUCUGAGAUUGAACCCAAAUAUUAUGCUGAUGGUGAAGAUGCUUAUGCUAUGAAGAGAGAUCUGACUGGUCUGAGACUGGAGGAAAAUAUUGCUGUUGCUAAAGGUCUUGAGGCAUUAAAUCUUGGGGAUCAAUCUAAAGAAACAGAGGAAAAAGCUUCAGAGGACAGUUGCCGUGAGCGCAAAUGUUGUUCCUACUCCAGACAUGCUAAGGAGGAGCCACCCAGUAGAUGUCCAAGAACCACUCUUGAAGAAAAGUAGGAGGCCACAAAGGAGGGAUCUUAAUAGUGACAAAUGGAAGAGAUACAGAACUACAGUUUUUUUCCCUUUUUUUUCUUUCUUCGGACACUUUACACAAUAUCAUUUUGUUUCCUGUAAAUGCUAUGGUUUAAGCAAUAAGAAAAAUGCAAAAUAAUAAAAGAAAAAUUUAACAGCUU